CCAAAUCAAAAUAGCAACCGUAAGUCCGUCCGGAGAAGAAGCCCUCUGAGAAAUUCGUAGUCUUUCCUCCGUACAGUCGACCCUUUGAAGGAUGAGAGCAGCCCACUGUGAUCAUCUGCUUCACACUCCUAUAUGCUUAUCUCCUCCUACAACUCCUCACCGACAAAAUCUGCGUAUCGGCUUCUCCAUCUCUCAAGCAGCACAACACAAUCGGAAUCGUCGGACUCGGAGAUUGGUGCAUUUUUCUUGCGGUGCAAUCAGAGCCGUAGAUGGACCUCAGCUGUCCCCCUGGGAUGAGAUGCCUUAUGAGAUUCUGCCAAGUGGGAAAAAGGCCUACUUGGAUGAGCAAGAUGUGGUGACAUUUCUUGAUCCUCCAAAAGAAUUGAUUCCUCUCGACUCCGGGUCUUACAAUCCAGCUGCAUAUCUCUGGAAGAAAAUUGAAGACAUCCCGGAAGAAAGGCAUCACAGAUUGCUGACCUUGUUAAACCCUAGGCUUAUAUCGAGAGCUUGGCAGAUAGCUGGCACCCGCUAUGAGGAUCCUAAGUUGGCUAAGAAAUGUGCAUCCAAUUUGUUAUGCUCUGAAGAAAAGGAACCAUCAGUUGAAUUUUACAGUUGUCAAAGCAGUGGAGGACAAUGGCCUAUCGCUUGGAUGAAAUCCUUUAAGAAGGCUGUAUUCUAUUGUGAUGACGGAAAGACUUAUGGAAGAUUGAUUGGUGGGUCUCUUUUGGCACAAAUUACAAAUACCUGUAGUCCAUUGUAUUUUAUGGUGGUGCCACAUGGAGAAGUAAUGUCCACAGAACAGCCUUGUGAUCUAGCAUAUGAAUUGGGGGAUGGGCACCUGAAUCUCCAAAGCUAUCCUCAAGGUUUUCCAAGACCAGCAAAGCAUCCAUACCCUUUCAAUGAUCAGGUUGUUAUAUAUGUUCGUCAUGUUGGACCUGGGGUGUCAGUGGGGCAAGCAUGGCAAGAAGGAAAGGAAUUACAGCAAGUGCCUAGGAAGCUGUGUGGUGAGAUUUUAAUGGUUAAGGAUUGUGCUGCAUCUGCAGUCGUUCGCUGAAGAAAUUUUGCGUCUUUCCUGUGUGCACAACUGUGCUGAUUCGUGGUAAAAUUCUCAACUUUUGAGCCUACAAGUAGAGACUUGCUUGAAGACAUGCAUGCCAAUGUUUUGAAAUGGACAUGCUUCCGGUCAAGGCUUGGAAAGGCGUGUUCAGCAUAAACUAGAAUGGAAAAUAAGAGAGAAGAAAGAAGUUCUGUCCCCGUCACUGACUCGACCCUCCCAAUAGAACGUAUACUUGUUCUUGAAUAUGGUUUCGGACAUAUUUGAAAUCUCCUGUAUUAAAUGUGAAAAUUGUGCAGUCAGAAAGACUUAUUUCCCCCAAAUCUGACAUCCAUUUGUCGCCAACUGCUCAUCAUUUUUGAAGUGCACCUUUAUGUUUUCUUUAGAUAUGGCGGUGGUUAUUGCCUAAAUGCUUUUUGUAAUAACCUCUUAAAACAUGGCCGAUUGAAGUAUCAGUGAAGGUUGAAAUGAAGCUCUGAAGGUUUCUUGGCA